GAGUUUGUUAUGGAUUCAAUAUGUAGUGUCAUCAUAAAACAGUUGAACCUGCAUUAGCCCUCAUUGUCUCAGGCUAGAAGCUGAAAAAUUCAAAAAAUGAAAAAGCUCAAGAAAUGAAUAUUUCUGCUAAUAGCAUGUCGGUAUUUUUCCCUUACUCCAUGGACAUUCUUGCUCUCAAAGGCAAACUGCACAACCCAGGGUACUAGGGUUGGAAUCCAGUGUUUAUUCAAAAAGGCACCCUAAGGCAGUUGCAGAGGAAAUGCUACAUGUAUGAAAAAAAAAAAAAAAAAAGGUAGCCGGGAAACUAAGCUGAUCUGGGCAAAGCGGCAGCGACUGUCUUUACUAACACUUGUUUUCUGAGAGCCUAUGAGAGAAAUGGAAAUAAUUAGAAGGACCCUGAAAGGGUGGUAUUUUGUUGCUUGUUCUCCUUAUAUGGAGCAAAGUAAACUGCAGUAACACUUCUCGGCAGCUGGUAUAUUCCCUACUGCCACAGGGACAGCAGAUUUCUGGGUGGAGGAGUUUGUUUAUACCUUAACAAAUACAGGCUGUUUUGUUGAUUAAAUAAGCUACAAAAAAAAAAAAGAAAGAAAGAAAGAAAGAAAGCAUGCCCCAUUCUCUGUUUUCAAACACUUCCCCCAAUUAGAAAAUGUCUCAUAAAAAUCCAUCAUGUGAUAAGAUCUUGCUUUAGUCCCAAACCAAGUCCACUUGGAUGUCUUCAAAUCUGAGUCCUGAGGGAGUCCACAUUUUAGCUAAGAAUGUAGUUACUCUGUCAUGAAACAGAGAGCUUUGCCACUUGCUUGUUUUGGAAGGAAAAUAAAUUAAAAAAAGAUUGCAGGGGAUUUUAGUUAUUAUAUGGCCAGGGCUCCAUUUAGAGUCGGUGGCAUUCAAAGCUGGCUUUAGUCACAGCAUGAUGCUCCAAAAGUCCAAGUGUUUCCUUUCUUUCUUUCUUUGCGUUUUUUUUUUUUUUAAGCGUUACUUCACUGAGGCAGAGGGCUGCCUUUGAGUGACGUCACGAGUUUGAGCAGCUAGCAGCACAGGAGAAGGGAGGCUGGGUGAGUGACAGCCCAGCCUACUUUUUAAUAGCUUUGUCAUGUGACUGGGGACUGUAGUAAGACAGGUGCCUUCAGUUCACUCUCAGUAAGGGGCUGGUUGCCUGCAUGAGUGUGUGCUCUGUGUCACUGUGGAUUGGAGUUGAAACAGCUUGACUGGCGUCAUUCAGGAGCUGGAUGGCGUGGGACAUGUGCAACCAGGACUCUGUAUGGAGUGACAUCGAGUGUGCUGCUCUGGUUGGUGAAGACCAGCCUCUUUGCCCAGACCUUCCUGAACUUGACCUUUCUGAACUAGACGUGAACGACUUGGAUACAGACAGCUUUCUGGGUGGACUCAAGUGGUGCAGUGACCAGUCAGAAAUAAUAUCCAAUCAGUACAACAAUGAGCCUUCAAACAUAUUUGAGAAGAUAGAUGAAGAGAAUGAGGCAAACUUGCUAGCAGUCCUCACAGAGACACUGGACAGUCUCCCUGUGGAUGAAGACGGAUUGCCCUCAUUUGAUGCACUGACAGAUGGAGAUGUGACCACCGAGAAUGAGGCUAGUCCUUCCUCCAUGCCUGAUGGCACCCCUCCGCCUCAGGAGACAGAAGAGCCGUCUCUACUUAAGAAGCUCUUACUGGCACCAGCCAACACUCAGCUAAGUUAUAAUGAAUGCAGUGGCCUCAGUACCCACAACCAUGCAAACCAUAAUCACAGGAUCAGAACAAACCCUGCAGUUGUUAAGACCGAGAAUUCAUGGAGCAAUAAAGCGAAGAGCAUUUGUCAACAGCAAAAGCCACAAAGACGUCCCUGCUCCGAGCUUCUCAAGUAUCUGACCACAAAUGAUGACCCUCCUCACACCAAACCCACAGAGAACCGGAACAGCAGCAGAGACAAAUGCACCUCCAAAAAGAAGGCCCACACACAAUCUCAGUCGCAACAUUUACAAGCCAAACCAACAACUUUAUCUCUUCCUCUGACCCCAGAGUCACCAAAUGACCCCAAGGGUUCCCCAUUUGAGAACAAGACUAUUGAACGAACCUUAAGUGUGGAACUCUCUGGAACUGCAGGCCUAACUCCACCCACAACUCCUCCUCAUAAAGCCAACCAAGAUAACCCUUUUAGGGCUUCUCCAAAGCUGAAGCCCACUUGCAAGACUGUGGUACCUCCGCCAUCAAAGAAGGCCCGGUACAGUGAGUCUUCUGGUAUCCAAGACAAUAACUCCACCAGGAAAGGGCCCGAGCAGUCUGAGUUGUAUGCACAGCUCAGCAAGACCUCCGUGCUCACCAGUGGACACGAGGAAAGGAAGGCCAAGCGGCCCAGUCUGCGGCUGUUUGGUGACCAUGACUAUUGUCAGUCAAUUAAUUCCAAAACGGAAAUACUCAUUAAUAUAUCACAGGAGCUCCACGACUCCAGACAACUAGAAUAUAAAGAUGCCUCCUCCAACUGGCAGGGGCAGAUGCGCUCUUCCACAGAUUCAGACCAGUGCUACCUGAGAGAGGCCUCGGGGGUGAGCAGGCAGGUCUCUCCCGGCAGCACCAGAAAACAGCUCCAAGACCAGGAAAUCCGAGCUGAGCUGAACAAACACUUCGGUCAUCCCAGUGAAGCUGUUUUUGACGACGAAGCAGACAAGACCAGUGAACUGAGGGACAGUGAUUUCAGUAAUGAACAAUUCUCCAAACUACCUAUGUUUAUAAAUUCAGGACUAGCCAUGGAUGGCCUGUUUGAUGACAGCGAGGAUGAAAGUGAUAAACUGAACUCCCCUUGGGAUGGCACGCAGGCCUAUUCGUUGUUCCAUGUGUCGCCUUCUUGUUCUUCUUUUAACUCUCCAUGUAGAGAUUCCGUGUCACCACCCAAAUCCUUAUUUUCUCAAAGACCCCAAAGGAUGCGCUCUCGUUCAAGGUCCUUUUCUCGACAUAGGUCGUGUUCUCGAUCACCAUAUUCCAGGUCAAGAUCAAGGUCCCCAGGCAGUAGAUCCUCUUCAAGAUCUUGCUACUACUAUGAGUCAGGCCACUGCAGACACCGCGCGCACCGAAAUUCUCCCCUGUGCGCGAGAUCACGUUCAAGAUCGCCCUACGGCCGGCGGCCCAGGUAUGACAGCUACGAGGAGUAUCAGCACGAGAGGCUGAAGAGGGAAGAAUACCGCAGACAGUAUGAGAAACGGGAGUCUGAAAGGGCCAAACAGAGAGAGAGGCAAAGGCAGAAGGCAAUUGAAGAACGCCGUGUGAUUUAUGUUGGUAAAAUCAGACCUGACACAACACGGACAGAACUGAGGGACCGUUUUGAAGUUUUUGGUGAAAUUGAGGAGUGCACAGUAAAUCUGCGGGAUGAUGGAGACAGCUAUGGUUUCAUUACCUACCGUUAUACCUGUGAUGCUUUUGCUGCUCUUGAAAAUGGAUAUACUUUGCGCAGAUCGAAUGAAACUGACUUCGAGCUGUACUUUUGUGGACGCAAGCAAUUUUUCAAGUCUAACUAUGCAGACCUAGAUUCAAACUCAGAUGACUUUGACCCUGCUUCCACCAAGAGCAAGUAUGACUCUCUGGAUUUCGAUAGUUUACUGAAAGAAGCCCAGAGAAGCUUGCGCAGGUAACAUGUUCCCUGGCUGAGGAUGACAGAGGGACGGUGAAUACCUCACGGGACAGCGCGUCCUUCCCUAACAGACUGUUGCAAAUCAUACUUGGGAAUUUCUCCUACUUUACACUCUCUGUACAAAAACAAAACAAAACAACAACAAUACAACAAGAACAACAACAAUGGUUUACAUGAACACAGCUGCUGAAGAGGCAAGAGACAGAAUGGAAACCCACUAUGCACUGUAAAUGCAGCCUUCUUUUCAAAACUGCUAAAUUUUUCUUAAUCGAGAAUAUUCAAAUGUAAUUAUGAGGUGAAACAAUUAUUGUACACUAACAUAUUUAGAAGCUGAACUUACCGCUUAUAUAUAUUUGAUUGUAAAACAAAACAAACAAACAAAAAAGGACAGUGUGUGUGUCCGUUGAGUGCAACACAACAAAUCGAUGCUUUACGCACAACCAUCCCUUCUUAGGUGAGCUUCGAGCCAAGCAUCUUGUCAAGAAAUCUCCUAGCCCCCUAAAGGUAUUAACCACUUCUGCGAUAUUUUUCCACAUUUUCUUGUUGCUUGUUUUUCUUUGAAGUUUUAUACACUGGAUUUGUUAGGGGAAUGAAAUUUUCUCAUCUAAAAUUUUUCUAGACGAUAUCAUGAUUUUAUGUAAAGUCUCUCAAUGGGUAACCAUUAAGAAAUGUUUUUAUUUUCUCUAUCAACAGUAGUUUUGAAACUAGAGGUCAAAAAUCUUUUUAAAAUGCUGUUUUGUUUUAAUUUUUGUGAUUUUAAUUUGAUACAAAAUGCUGAGGUAAUAAUUACAGUAUGAUUUUUACAAUAAUUAAUGUGUGUCUGAAGACUGUCUUUGAAGCCAGUAUCUCUUUCCCUUGGCAGAGUAUGAUGAUGGUAUUUAUCUGUAUUUUUUACAGUUAUGCAUCCUGUAUAAAUACUGAUAUUUCAUUCCUUUGUUUACUAAAGAGACAUAUUUAUCAGUUGCAGAUAGCCUAUUUAUUAUAAAUUAUGAGAUGAUGAAAAUAAUAAAGCCAGUGGAAAUUUUCUACCUAGGAUGCAUGGCAAUUGUCAGGUUGGAGUUUAAGUGUUUCAUUUGGGAAAUUCCGCUUUUGCAGAAGCAGUGUUUCUACUUGCACUAGCAUGGCCUCUGACGUGACCAUGAAGUUGUUCUUGAUGACAUUGCUUCUGCUAAAUUCAAUAAAAACUUCAGAAAAACCUCCAUUUUUGACCAUCAGGAUUUCCUCUGAGUGCGGAGCCCUGGAAUGGAAGUCAGUAAAGUUUGGCGUGUAUAUUCAAGUUUCUAAAUUGAGAUUCGAUUACAGUUUGGCCGACAUGACUUUUCUGGAAGACGUGAUAUACCUACUACGUAAUCGUUCUUUUCCUUUCUCUCGCCCAACACGAUCUUAUAAAAUGGAUUUCACCCCCAGGCCAAUGCAGCUAAUUUUGAAAGCUGCAUUCAUUGAUCACCAGCAUAUUGUGUUCUGAGUGAAUCCACUGUCUGUCCUGUCGGAUGCUUGCUUGAGUUUUUGGCUUCUUAUUUCUAAGUAGAUAGAAAGCAAUAAAAAUACUAUGAAAUAAAAGAACUUGUUCACAGGUCCUGCGUUACGACCGUAACACAUCUUUAAUCCGCCUAAUUCUUGUUGUUCCGUAGGUUAAAUGCAGGUAUUUUAACUCUGUGUGGACGCCAAACUAAAGUUUACAGUCUUUCUUUCUGAAUUUUGAGUAUCUUCUGUUGUAGAAUAAGAAUAAAAAAAGACUAUUAAGAGCAAUAAAUUAUUUUUAAGAAAUCAAUAUUUAGUAAAUCAUAUUAUGUGUUCAAGGACCAGAUGCUUUCUCUAUUUUGCCUUUAAAUUUUUUGUGAUCCCAUUUUCAAUACAUUCUCCUUUUUGCCCUGGAUUGUUGACAUGAGUAAAAAUCUUCGUUUCUUUUCUAACUUAUGAAAAGACAACACUACAGAUUUCAUGUUGAGGAUUCAUUUAUCCCCCCUUCUGGCCUGACAAAUACUGUUACCAUGAAGACAGUUUUCUUCCAUGGACUUCAAAUUGCAUCUAAAAUUAGUGCAAAGAGAGACUCACUAGGCCAUCCAAAUAGAGCUUUUGUAUCUUAUGCAGACACUGUGGGUAGCCCAUCAAAAUGUAAACUGUGUUCCUUUUAUUUUUAUUUUUUAAAUUUUUUUUGGAGAGAACAUUUCAAAUGAACACAUGCACCCCAUCAUCACUGGAGGCAAAAUUCAGCAUAGAUCUGUAGGAUUUUUAGAUGACCCCGGGCCAUUGCCUUCAUGCUGUGGUAAGUACCACAUCUACAAUUUUGGUAACUGAACUGGUGCUUUAGAAAUGUGGGUUGUUUUGUUUUUUUUUUUUCAAGACAUGUAGCAGAAUAAUUCUUCCAGUGCAACAAAAUCAAUUUUUGCUAAACGACUCUGAGAGCAACGGUUGGGCUGUCAACAUUCAAAGCAGCAGAGAGGGAACUUUGCACUAUUGGGGUAUGAUGGUUGGGUCAGUUGAAAAAAAGGAAACCUUUUCAUGCCUUUAGAUGUGAACUUACAGUAGGUAAUGAUUAUGUGUCCUUUUUUGAUGGCUGUAACGAGAACUUCAAUCACUGUAGUCUAAGACCUGAUCUAUAGAUGACCUAGAAUAGCCAUGUAAUAUAAUGUGAUGAUUCUAAAUUUGUACCUAUGUGACAGACAUUUUCAGUAAUAUGAACUGCUGAUUUGAUGGAGCUACUAUAAGAUUUGUAGGUGAAAGUGUAAUACUGUUGGUUGAACUAUGCUGAAGAGGGAAAGUGAGCGAUUAGUUGAGCCCUUGUUGGGCUUUUUUUUUUCCCACCUGCCAACUCUACAUGUAUUGUUGUGGUUUUAUUCAUUGUAUGAAAAUUCCUGUGAUUUUUUUUUUUUAAAUGUGCAGUACACAUCAGCCUCACUGAGCUAAUAAAGGGAAACGAAUGUUUCAAAUCUA